AUGCUCCCAAAUCAGAACCAGAAAGAAAGAAUGGUGGAAAAGGGUCCAUGGUCUUGCAAACCUGAAGAUCUAUUUUCUCCGUGUAAUUGUGACUCAGGAAAAGAACAGAAAAGGCCAGCAUUGCCAAGUAUGUAUGAACGUUGUUUUAAGAGCAGAAAUAUAGAUUCUAGCAGUGGUGAGCUUUGUGCAAAUGAUAGUAUUUUAGGAAACAAGAGUUUGAUGGAGGAUGAUAGUGUGUCUCAAUAUUCAAUUAAUCAUAUAUCUCAACCUGACAACGAGCUUAGCUUUCUUGAUACUGAUAGGUGGCUUGAUAUAGACAACUUUGAAGAUGUUGACGGGAUGAUGUUAAAUUAUGACUCAACUUUUGGAAUGGGGAGCCUCAAUAAUGAAGAUGAAUUCUGCUGGCUCUCUUCAUCACAUGGAACUGAAGGACCCGUUGGCGAUGCCCUGAAAUGUGAGUUCAAGUUUUCACCUACUGAUGCAAGUCCACUGAAAAGUAUAUCAGAAUCAGAUUAUAAUAUGGAUCUGAAGGACAAUAUUGAAGUUCCUACUUCAUUGUCAACAUUUGGGGAAUCAGAUAUGACGUCGGGUAUUACAGAUGACUUGAUGCCUGAACAAAAGAUACAAGGGCAACUGUUAAAGCAACCAGUUCAGCCCUGCAUAGAAAGAUUGAAAAGAAAAAAUCAAUAA